AUGACCAUUCAUAAAGACGAUGCAACAUCUGAUGUGGACCCCAUUCAGAUACAUAGUGUUAAAGAAUUGGACAAUGAAUUCACGUUCAUGUUAAAAGCCUAUGCAGAUAAAGAAACAGAGUUCAAUUGGGAAGCCAGAGAAAGGGCCCUUACCCGGAUGAAAGGGUUACUUCGUGGAAACGCAACGGAGCCUCCUUAUUUAGAAGUGUUUAUACCUUAUAUGAGGCAAAUGAUAGAUGGUAUCAUCAAAGCAGUGGAAAGUUUACGUACUCAGCUUGCGGUAAAAGCACUUUCCGUUGUGGGUGAUAUAGGUGUUUAUAUAGGCAAGCAUUUGGAUAGCUACAUGACCGACCAAAUUAUGAUGUGUAUGAUGCGCUGUGCCAGCCUGACCAAGAAACUAGUCGCCAAUGCCUGUCUGGAAGCAACCACAUUAUUUCUUAAACACACGCCUUUCCACUCCAAAGUGAUGAACAUGCUCCAUCUGUCUAUCAACGAAAAGAAUCAUCAGGUUCGCCUUUAUACCAUCAUCUAUACCAAAGUCCUAUUACAGGCUCAUACCCAUAGAGACAAUGUGCGUGCAUUGAUGGAUCGUUCAGGUGCAACCGAUCAUUUUGAAACUAUACUGACCAAGGGUUUGAAUGACGCCACACCUAGCGUGAAAGAAGCUUGUAGAGAAGCAUUUUGGAUAUUCUGGGAACAUUGGAGAGCGAGAGGUGAACACAUUUUAAAAAACUUGCCGCCCGCUGCACAAAAACAGCUUGAAAAGUCAAAAUCCACUUCGCUAAAGACAAAUGUGAGCGCUACUGCCAAUAGGUCAUUGCUUCGUAGCAACAGUCCCACUAUGCUGCCGAGAGCUUCCAGCUCAUUGGACCGCCGUGAAAAUAGUCUUCAUCUCUCACCUUCCAACUCCAAUACAUCCAAUGGUUCCACAAGUUCCAUCGACUAUCAAAAACAUCUCAAACGGUCUGCAUCACCUCGCGCAACGUCUCCACGAGCCAUGUCGCCACGAGCCAUGUCCCCUCAUUUACGAGCUUAUGCAUCACCACCGCCCGCUUCCAUAUCAUCUCAAUUAACACAACAUCCCUCGACUUCUACCUCGCCAACAGGCCGUAAAACACGCGUCCCAACUUUAUCUCGUAAAAAAUCAACCAUUGGCUUUUUAAAAAAAGCAAAACCUCAUUUUAUGGCUUUACUCACCCACGACGAUCCUGCUCAAUACAAUGAAGGACUACUACAAUUAUCCAAAAAGCUCUCUGCCUUUCGCUAUCAGCCCGACGCUCAGCAGCUCCUACUUGCUUUAAAGACAACCCUUCAACUGGAAGUGCCUCAUGCGCCACCCGUCAAUGGAGAGACACUGAAAAAUAUAGUAGCACACCAUUGGCAUCAGGGGGACAGUUACAGUAUCUUGUAUAGUUGGGAAGGACUGACCCAUAUUUUAUUUAAAUUGUUCACUUUUGAAGAAUUGAUACCCAAAUUGAUGUUGGAUGCAAACAAAGGAGGAGAACUGGAAGCAACCACAUAUUCUCAUCGUCUACUUCAUCAACCUCCUUCUUACCCACGCUCUAACACAACGAUGGAACACGAGGCUCAACUUGGGUUGGCUCGAGCCAAACUAUUCCUGUAUCAUGAACAUCCUCAUUUGGCAGAAACCGUAUUUGCCAACUUGAUACAUUACGGUGGGUUUAUGAAUAGCAUUCAGAACAGCAGUCAUAGUCCUAACAAUAGUAGUAGUAGUAGUAGUAAAAAGGAUAUCACACGUUUACCAGCCAAUCGACGCAAACUGACAAAAGAGUUUAUAGAAUGGAUGGACGAUUUGGUGAAACCACUCAUUGGUUUAGUAUCCUCAUCAACACAUAGUCCACCAUCUAAAGUAGUAGAUGAUUUGAGGUUAUCCACAUCAUUAUCAUCGGCAUCAUCGUCAUCUUCGUCGACAACAACAACAACAACAACAAUAACAACAACAGCACCGCCAUCAUCCAUCAUCGUACCAGAGUAUUUAGAAGGAGUACCUAAAGAUUAUAUCAAUGCAUACAAAUCAACAUCAUCAUCCUCUUCAACGUCUUCGUCCAUAAUAUGGUUUCGGUCAGAAGACAAUCUGAGACAAUGUUUAGCUAUUUUACUGCCAUUGAUUACCACAUCUACCUCUGGCACAUUAUGGUACGCUCCGUUAGUGACCUUUUUGAAGCAUCUACGUCUAUUGAAUCAACAGCUGUUUGAAGCUGUCGUGUCUACUUACGAUGAAUACUCUAUCAAUAAAAUCGCUCGUGUGCUGAGUAUUCAGAUACGUCCCGCUAUCGCUGUCCCUGUCGACAGUCAACCCAUGCACCCGUCCUCACCAGAAACGUUUGCAGCAAUGACACCAUCUGAAUCCAUCGAGCCUCCAAAGCAAGAACGUAAAGAUGCAAUGAUCACUGAUGCGAACACUGCCGAUCACAACAACAACAACGGUAGAACGAUAUCCUCAGCUACUGACAUGAAUAAUGAUCUUUCCAUCCACUCGAUUUCACCAGUGGCUGCCUCGUCGACCCAUGACUCAUCUGAAUUAGUUGCAGACGAAACGUUUUUACUAGACACGCUCCAUUUGAACCCAAGAAGCAACCCACCUGAGCAGAAGAAAGAGGAGGAGGGUACGCGUUUCGAUUUGGAACAUUCUCAAAACACCAUGGCUGCUGUCCGUAACGUAGAACAAACAGCCUCAUUUUAUACGGAAGAGCAUCAGCAGCCCUUUCUGCCCGAAUUACAGCAAUCGGCCCACACCCUCUCCGCAGCAGCUGGUCCAGCGGCCAUAGCAGCGAAGCAAACCAUAGAACUAUCAAAAGAAGACGGGACAACCGAUGACUAUUUUGAUACAGUUACUCAAAUGAAGCAACAACAUCAGACCACAAGAGCGGUAGGGUUGGUAUCAGCUGCCAUAGCAGAUCCAACACCCACCCAUACGCUCUUUGUCGAUGAGAGCAAUCCAUUGAAAUUGUCAGAAACAGUCGCCAACCUUCAUACUCAACAUGAUUUGUACGAACAUGAGGAUCCUGAAGUCGUCAUGGAUUUACACACUGUAUCCGACCUACCUUCUAUAGAUCAUCAACAACAACCACAACAACAACAACCACAGCUGCAACAGCUACAAUCACCUCAGUUAACCGAACAACAGCAACAGCAGCAGCAUGUACCAACAAAGCCGAAACAAAUUAUUUUAAAAGCAAGUGUACCCAAUCCCGAAAAAUAUCCAGAACCUCAUUAUGUUCCUUUUUAUGCACCGGAAAGAGUCAAUUUUCCAAACCCAGUCUUUCAACAACCGAUACGAUCCAAUAUACAAAGCAAUUAUCCAGCGGUGAUGAUGUCUUCAUCGGCACAAACAUCUGCUGCUUCAAGUGUGCCAGAUGCCGCUUCCAAUUCGCCACCGCCACCUCCACCCUCGAGUCAUCAAGGACGAAAUAACGUCAAAGAUAAAACUGUAUUGCUUUAUGCUUUGAUGGAUAAAUUAAAAAGCCAUGAAAGUAAUAUGAGUUACACUUGUCAUCAUGUUACAGCAACAGCCAUGCAGGAACAACAACAGAAUAUGACAUCUAUCACUACCACCCUUCGCAAGUUGACACGUUUAUUUAGAGAAGUACCAAUUCGAAGAAGAUGGGAUCAAGGAGGUCUGGAAGAAGUGGGAAGUGAAACUUGGGCAGGAGGGCUUCAAGGAGAAGCGAGUAAUUUUGUGGAAGUAAUUCAAACCAUUUUACUUUUUCUAAAUGAAGAACCUCAUCCUCAACCUCAGGAACCGUUGACCAACAGUCAUAAAGAGGACGUGGACCAUGAAGAAUCUCCUGUCUUGGCAGGAGUCGAUGAAACCCUUCGUCAACGACAACAAAAGAUCAUUUUAGUCGCUCUAGAAUCCGUGCGUCAAUUAGCAGUAACGCAAGCGGGUUUGUUUCGGUUUUAUGAGCGAAAAGUGGAUAAUGAAGGAAAGACUCUAGAAUCGCAAUUGAUGGAAAAGUUGCUACACAUUCGAUCGAGCGAAAACCCUACCGUAUGCAUUGCUGCAGAAGAUGCUUUGGAUGCUGUAUUGGGAACAUUGAAUCCACCUACCGUGUUUGAAAUGUUGAUGGCGUACGUAGUGUACCGACUUGUCAUUUCUCCCUCCAUUCAACUUUCGGCAGACGCACGAUACCAUCCAGUGGGCUCAGCUUUUACGUAUCUCAGUAAAUGGGUGAAGGAAUUGAAUGACAAUUUCUACAUUGAUGAAUGGCUAACGAGUAGAGGAGGUGUGAAUGCCUUUUUCAAGGGCAUUAAUCAUCCCAUGAUUAACGUAAGAAAAUCCUGCAUUGAAGCACUCGUUGCCUUCCAUAACAUAUUAGAGGAUGAGCUCUAUAUGUUCUUUACUGAUUUACGAGAGGAUCAAAUGGCGUUAUUGAAACAUUAUGUUACAAAAGCUUCUAAAAAGAAAGCAGCCAUCGCUACAACAGCACAAUCCAUAGCAGCAGCAACAGCAGCAGCAACCAUGUCACCCAUGAUGAUAAAGAGGGAGAACGCAAUGACUCCUACCAUUCUAUACUAA